AUGAGUGAAAAUGUAAUACACAUUAUUCUUCAAAAACUAAGAAGUACUCCACAAGGAGAUAUUAUUGAUGGAAAUGAUUUAAAGAAAAUAAAAACAUCACAAGAAGAAAUUUUUGAAACAACAUUAUGUCAUUUAAAUGUUUUAAGAAUUAGUGCACCAAAUCCACCAUAUUCUAAUGAAGAAAUAGAAGUGGUCAUGGAAAAGGUAAAUGAAUGUAUUCAAGAAUAUACAAAAGAGAAAAAAUCAGAAAUGAUUGAAAUGAUUGAAAUUAUUGAAAGUACAAAAAUGAUGUUAUUAUUAAUUGACAUUAAUAAACAAAAAACGUUGCGUAUUGUAGAAAGUCUCAUUGAAAAAAUUAUCAAAGGAACAGCUAAAAAUGAGUUUCCAGUCAAAUAUGAAAUGGUUAAAAAAAUAAUUGAAGACCUUUUGACAGAAUGUCCUGAAGAAAGUCGAGAAAUAGUAAAAAGCAUCAUUAGACCUUUCAAUGAAAAUGAUGCACCAUUUCUUGAAGAAAAAAAAAUAACACAAUAUCUUAAGAAAAGUAAAAUGGAAAAAGAAGUCAUUGAAGAAAUGUUUGAAGGAAUGAUGGGAGAAUCCAAUAAAAACUUUAAAAAUGGAUUUUGGAGUUUAAUUGAAGAGGCUAAAGAAAUUAAUGAAGAAGAUGAAGCAAUGAGUGAAGAUGAAGAAUUAGAAGAUAGAAAAAAGAAAGAAGAUAUUAAAAUGUUCAUUCGUGUUUUAGGAAAAAUAGUUAGUUAUUACCCUAAAUGGAUUGAAGGUGAUGAAAAUUAUCUUGAAAGAAUUUUACUAAUUCCAAUGGAAGAAGAACGGAUUCAAGUAGUUAAGAUAGUUGUUGAAUAUUUAAAGAAAGGUGUUAUAGAAAAAACUAAAAAAAAUGAACUUAUUGGAUGUUUACUUGAAAGACGUAAAGAUAAGAGUGUGAGUAUUAGAAGUAUUGUUGGAAAAUAUAUGAUGGAAAGAGGUGGAAAAAAUGAAGAAAGUGAAGAAGAUGGAAUAGAAAUAAGUGAUUUAAUUAUUGAAAAAAUGAAUGAUAUUGAAGAAAGUAUUCGAAGAGAAACAAUUGAAGAAAUUUACAAACAACGAUUCGAAGAAGGAAAGGAAAUAGGAAAGAAAAUUAUUAAAGAAAUUAAAGAAAGAAUGAAAGACAGAAAAGAAACAGUACGUGCUAUUGCACAGACUUUUUGUGGAGAAUAUAUAAGAGAAUACAUAGAACAAAAAAGUGGGUCAAACAAAGAUUUUAGUAGUCAAAUGAUAAAUGAAAUGAUUGAAAAUAUGGAAAAUAUUAAAAAUGAAGAAGAUAAUAUCAGAAUUUAUCAAAUCAUUAGCCAAAAUAUUUUAGGAAAUAUUACAUUAACUAUGGUUAAUUCUAAAAGUAAACUUAAAGAAACUAUCAAAGAGAGAGCAGAACGUUUAAUUAAAUUAUUUGGACUUUUAGAUGAAGAAAAUUUCAAAAAAAUGAUGAAGAAAGAAGGUGUUAAUGAAACAGAAAAGAAAGAACUUGGAAAGAAGUUAGAAGAAUAUGAAAACAGUAGGGAAGAAGGAAGAAUUAAAGAAGUGGUUGUUAAUAUUUUAAGUAAGAUGUAUCCAAUGCCAACAAUUGAAACAAGUAAAAAAUAUGCCCGAGAAAUGUUAGAAGGAAUGAGUGGAAAGUUUGGACGAAUGUUAAGAGAUAUGGAAGAAGAUGAAACAAGUUUUAGUGAAUAUUGGAAAAAGGCUAAAAGAAUUGAUGGAGAAGUUGAGAUAAAGAAGAAAGGAAAAAUUGAAGAAUUUGUAAAUGGAAUUCUCGAAAAAAUUAGAAAUAAAAUUGUUCAAAAAGAAAUGAUUAAAUACCUUAUAAAAACUCAUGAAGAAGAAAUGAAAGAAUAUAUGGAAAUUAUCAGUAAAUAUUGUAAAGAAGUGAAUUAUGGAAAUAUUAUGAGAAUUAUUAAAAUGUAUGAAGAUGAUAUUGAAAAAAAAGUAAAUGUAAUGAAAGAGGGAUAUUUGUAUAUUGAAAAAGAAGAAAAAAAUGAAGAAAUGAAAGAAGAAAUUAAAGCAUAUUUAAAAAUGAAAGAAUAUACUAUUAGUAAAGGAUGUAUGAAAUUACUACAUUUAUUGUGGAAUGAUCAAGAAGAAGGAUAUUAUGAUAUGCUCUUUGAAGAAAAUAUAAAAAACGUAUUAAAAAAGAAAGGUAAAAAAGCAAUGAAUGGAUUAUUAAUUGUAACAAAAAUUAUUAAAUAUAAAAAGGAAUAUAACAGAAAAAAGGAAAUCACUGAAAUUAAUGAACGAAUUAAAAGUGAAAUAAUUCCAGGAAUGAUUAUUGAAAAAGAACCUCCAGAACAUAUCAUAAUUGUUAUGAAGUAUAUUGUUAAAUAUCUUCAAAGUAAAGGUAAAAUUGUAGAGUCUGAUAAUGACGAAAGUGAGGAAAAGGAGAUGAUGAAGUUUAUUAAAGAUUUUAUAAUUCAUAAAACAGAUAAUGACACAAUUGAAUUUAGAAAAAAUGAAGAAGAAGUUCGUGGGUAUUUGAUUGGUGUUGUUUUAAAACUUGUUGAAAUGAGAAAAUAUGAUAGUUUAAUUAACCAAAGAGAAUUUUAUAGUAUUUGUGAAGAAAUCUCAAAGAAAGAAACAUUUUGUGGAGAGUACUUAGAAAUUCUAAAUAAAUGUUUAAAACAACUUCCACUUAGAUAUUUCAUCAUUCCAACUAUUCUUUCUAAAAACAAUAAGGCUAUAAGAAUGAGUAAAAUUGUUUUAUUAAGAAGUAUUCUUAUCAGAAGAGAAAUAUAUAAAAAGAAUAUUAAAGACAUGACACAAGAAAAAACUUGUAUUGUCCUCCCAGAAUAUUGUGUCCAACAUCUUAUUCACUUUUUAGGAUAUGGGGAGAUGGUUGAAAAUGGGGAAUAUGAUGAAAUUAGUAGAAUGUUGACGUUUAUGAUCGAAAGUUUGGUUGAAGGAAAUAAUGAGGGAAUUCCAAUUAUCCAAAACGAAAUUAAUUUAAUUAAGUUAUCUAAUGAUAAUUUAAACAACAAUUUAGGCAUCACUGAAAUUAACCAAGAAAGACUUAACGAAAAAAUCCAUGGAGUUGCUUUAAUAGGGGGAAUGGUUAUAGAUGAGGUGAGCAGAGGAAAAAAAUAUUCACCAAAUCAGACUGUUGGGACAAUAUCAAAAAUGCUUUUUGAGUUAAGAGAAAAGAACGAAAGCAUAAAUAGCAUUUUACCAUAUGGCUAUCAUCUUCCUAAACGGGCAAAUGCCAUAAUGACUGUAGGUGAGAAAAAAAAGAAGAAAGAAAACCAAGACAUAGAAAAAGAGGUGAAACAAGUUAAAGAACAAAAGGAAAAAAAACCAAGAGCAAAAAAACAAAAAAAAGAAGUUAAAGAAAUAAAAACUGUUAAAGAGAAAUUU